AUGCCCUGCCUCCAGUCCGAACCGCUGCAGGAGCAGAUGGCCUCGGAUGGAGUGACUCCCGACACGUCCUCUCCUUUCGACUCUCCCUGCCCGGGCGGAAGGGAACAACCCGCGGUGACCAGCGCCGGUUGGUUUUUCUCGCCGCUGUGGAGCCGUCGGACCAAGACGCACCGAUGGGGGUUCGGGAGCGGAGUGGACAGCGACAGGGUGGAGGUUUGGCUGGAUGAUCAUUCGUCCAGAGAAGGCGGGCAGUUGCUCCCCCGUACCCCUCGCUCCCCCACUUCUCCGUUUCUUCUCGCUCCCUUCGCUGCCCCCACUCCCCCAGCUCACCCCGCUCCUCACCUCGCUCUUCACCCCGCUCUCCGAGGAGGACUAGAUCCUGUGGGCGAGGUGAGCCUUGUGGGCGAGCUGAGCCCUGUGGGCGAGGUGAGCCCUGUGGGGGCCCUGCAACAUGCUAUAGAGGUGGUGUGGGCAGAACGCUGCUCUCUGUCUCUGCUCCGACAGGACCAGGAUGGAUGUAAGGGAUUGGUCCAGGUGGUUUCCCUGACGACGCCGGGCUGCGAGAGGGAAGAGUCUUCCAGCAAACAUGCCCACCAGGAGCUGGUGAAGGGCAUCCUGGGAUAUGUAGUUGCCACAGGGAUGCCCAUGAACAUGACAGGAGACGUCUGUGAGGACCCCAGGUUCACCACAGACGAGGACCAGACGGCAGGCUUCAAGAGUGUCCUGAGUGUCCCGAUUAAGAACAGUAGACAGGAGGUUAUAGGAGCAGCUCUGGUGCUGAACAAGAGGAUCAGUGAUGAUGUCCAGGGUUCUCUGUUCACAGACCAGGAUGAGAAGGUCCUGGCCUGUCACAUGGGUCUGCUCGGGCUGGUCCUGGACAAUGUUCAGCUGUUUGAGAGUUCCAGACAAGAAGCCAACCGAUGCCAGGUGUUGUUGACCCUGGCCAGGCUGCUGUCAGAGGAACAGAAGUCGAUGGAGAAUCUCCUGGGCAAGAUGGCCGCCACCAUCCUGCCUUUCGCACGGGCUCAAUACUGUACCAUUUUCAUCGCCAGGGACAGACCUAAGAACUCCUUCUCUGGGCUGGUCCAUAUGGAGGGAGAAGAACAAGGGUCAGAGUUCCAGAUCUUUCAAAGGUUCUAG